AUGGCCGAGCAUGGACCCAUGCUGGAGCCAUACACGCUCGCCGCGCCGCCAUGGCGCCCAUCUAUGCAUACGGAUGUGUCCUUAGGGUAUCCCGGAAUCUGGGCUCCCACACAGGCGGAAGAACUCACUUCACAGGCGGUGCGCAGCGGCGUCACUUUUGUGCCGCCCGUACUGAACGAAUCGACGAGUGUGCAGGAGCAGAUCUACGAGCGAUUAUCACGUCCGGGCUCUAUACACCUGCUCAAUACGCUAGUGAAUGGCGUGCGUGAUGUGCGGCGUGCGCGGCGUGCGGCAGAUAUCACCGCGCACGAAUUUCGCCUGCCGCCGCGCGUGACGCUAAACGACGGCAAACUUGCCGCGUACGUCCGCGCACUUUCGGAUCCCCUUGUGCCGCUCGCGCACCUGGCACGGGGCCUGCCGUAUGGAUUUCGCGGAAUGAAGCUACUGGACAUGCUCUGGCAGGGGCCGCAGCCCGAGGUGGGCGUCGCUUCUUGGCGCCAAAACUAUACUGGCCAAGGCAUUCCCAUCCCACGGGCCAUGUGGUUCAUUCACGCCAUUGGCGCAUGCGAGGUGCAGACACAAAAAUGCAGCGCGGUGCACUAUACGGAGGAUUGGACCGCCGCCGUGCUUGCGUGGCUCACGCAGCAGCUCGACGUCCUUCCGCACGACGAAGCGGCGGAACAAGGCGCGAUUCCCGGCGUACAAGACGCGUCUGUAGUGCAUUGGACCAACAAGUGGUCGUAUGCGCUAGCACUUGUUCAAGCGAUGCGCUCUGAUUCGUUGCUCGCCGACGAUGCGUACUUGCGCUGGGUAGUGACGCAGCUGCACGCAUCGCAGGGAUGUACGCGCGCCUGUAUGCUUCAGAUCGUAUGCACUGUGUACAAAGAUCUAUUGGCGCGUGCGUGCCUUGGUGUGAAUCUCAUCGCGGCACUCUCUACGCCGCACACGUCGCCCACGCGCGCAUGGUUCGCAGAACAAGAGGCCAGUCUCCUCCGGCGAUGCUACGAAACGGAGCCGCGUGCGUUUGUGGGCAUGCAUCUGUGGACGCCAACGUCGCGCUUGCCCGUCCUGCUUGGGACGCUGGAAGCGCCAUUCUACCCCCCCGAGGCAGCGCAAAGCCGGCUGCUCGAAGGCGCACUCGCGCCACUCCUUGCAUCCUCUCGCACGGACAGCGCAGUGGCGUGGGAUGCCGUCGCGAUCCACUUGCUCGACACGGGCGAGCAAGACACGACCACACUCUUUCUGCGCUACUUUCUUCCGCCUGGUAUGCUGCCAGACGUGGAGCGGCGCGUCUCGCUCCUUCUCACAUGGGCGUGCACGCUUGAUCGCGAUUAUCCCGGGCGCGUAUACAUUGCCGUCGAGCUGGUGCGCCUUUUUGACGCGUGCCAAAACAACCGGCUUGUUUUGCACGACGGGCGCCACGUUGCAUGGCCGGCCCAGCGCUAUGCGCUAUUUGACACCAUUGCACGCUGGAUAGACACGAUCGAGUCUGCAGACGCGCCAGCGCAUGCAAACGCCGAGCUCGGCGCGCUCUCUUUGCCGAGCGUUGCACGCUUGCUGGGCGCGCUGUGCAGCGCCAAUCUCUUUAGUUUUGUCCGCUUCUUCCAGCGCCUGCAGCUGCGCGGCACCGUGUGCUUGGAAACGGAUGCGCCGCGCACGCAGCGCACCAGGACACACAUCCACGCGCGCAUCUUUUGCAGCAUGCCCAUCCACCACGUCUCGGACACGGUAGUGCAGCAGCGCCGCGUUGCCAUUUACGGCCAGUGCGCCGCGCAGUCGUACGAAGAAGCGACAGAGCAGCGCGCAUUUCGCGAGGUAUCGCAAACAUUUCCAUGGCUGUGCCAUGCUCUUCCCGAGGAAGAGCACAUCGCGUCGCCCGCCUCGGCCCCGCCACCGUCGCCAGCGGCCAUGGCACCACCAGACAUGCCCGCCCUUCCAGCGUCCCCAUCGUUUCCCGACAACGCAUCGCCUGUGUUGGAUGCGCUGCAGCUGCGGCAGAAAGUGCCGUACUUGCUCUCUGCAUCGCCGUACGUCCAGGACAGGAUAGCACAGCGCAUCGGCCCCGUGCUCACCAGCGAAACAGCACGCGCGCCCACAGCCGACGAAUUUUGCGAGAUUGCCUCGAUGCUGUGCGCUAUCGAAGCACUUUCCACGCUGGCAAACCUAUGCCUCGCACUGCUCGACCGCCACGUCGAGCCUUCGUGCGUGGUGAGUGUAUGCCAUAUCCUUGCCGCACACAGCCGCACUUGGGAUGCAUUGCGCAUCACCGAUGCACUCGCCGCGCACGUAGCGCCGCACGCCGUGCACGAUAGCUCUGCGCCCGGCACAUCUGUGCGCGUCGUCCACUCCCGCGGACGGAGCAUGGCCGUGGCGUCGGCGCGGGGUGCGUUGAAUGCCAUGGGGCGCGGCGACCUAGAAGAAAAGCUGAUGCCUGCGCGGCCCGUGCAUGCGACAAUGCUGGCCGCAGCACACGCACCGAGUCGGGCGCUACUUUGCGGCACAAGUGGUGAAGCACUCGACGCUGCGUGUGCCGCGCUCUUGGCCACCGUGCCGCUCGACGAUGCGCCCAAUGCGCUCUGGCAGCACGCCUUGGACAUGGCCAGUGCGCCGGACGCACAGCCAUUUUCGCCCGCGAUUGUCGCGUGCAUUGCCGCGGUUGCGGGCGCUGCAGGCGUCCGUCUUGCGGUGCGCGACUGGAUACGCAAGCGGUACGCUCUGGACGGUGGCGCGGCGGCACCGGCAUCGACGGCAUGGUGCGCCUUGGUCGCUGGCAUGGUGCGCUUUGGUCAUUUGGAGCUCGAUUCCCUCCUGCACACGCUCUCUGAUUUUGUGGCAGAGCACCGCGACGCGACCACACACAUGUUUUGGUCCGCGUGUGUUGCGCUGUCAGACACGCUGUUCUGUGCACAUUCGAGCUCGGCAUGUGGCAUCGCCACGGUGGGCGUCGCGACGUGGCACGAUUUGGUGUUGCAGCGCGAUAUGCUUGUGCGGCGCAAUGCGCUGAUGCCGUGGGUGCUCGCGGUGCGCCAUGCGCCAAGCCUUGCAGCGCGCCUUGCGCCGCACGCCGAGUGGCUACGCCUGCAGUGGCGCACCCACCCUGGUGCAUUUUUGCACGGCACCGACGCAGCGUCCGAGCAUGUAUUGCGCGCCGCGCACGUUUGGAGCGCGUCUGUGCUUUUGCGGCAUGGGACGCCGGACCAGAUUGCAGACGCGCUGGAGCGUGUGAGCCCUUGUGACGCUGCGUGGUCGCUUGCCGAGCUGCGCUUGGUACUGGACACGGUCGAGCCGGCGCGCCUUGCGGAGCUCGUCGAGUCGUUGAUGCCGUGCCUUUUGCCUGCGCCUGCCGCGCUGCAAGGCGCGCGCGACGAGCUUUUGUUUGGGUUUGGCGCCCAGCGCAUGGUGCACGACGCGCUCGCAAGCACCGCGCUCCGGCGCUGGGUUGCGGCGCCGGACGAGGAACAAGGCGCCGUUUACAUCCAUGCGAUGGUGCGCCUGGCCCAUGCAUGGCGCGGCGAGCUCUACUGCGACGAGGCGAUUUUGCUCGAUGCGCUGCGCGCGCUCGACAAAGCGCUCGAUGCUGCACACGAGCCUUUGGCCGUGCUCUUGUUCGUGCUCCGCUGUGAUGCAUGGCGCGCAAACGGUGUGUUUUCACAGGCGCUCCGUGCGGCGCUCUUGCAGCUGCUUCCGCGGCUUCUCCGCCUUUGCGAAGAGGCCGGCGGCGCAAUGGCGGAGCUGCUCGAGGCGUGUACCGUGCAGGUGGAGCUUGCGGUCGGCGCCGAGGCGCUCGCAGCGUGGCUGCCUACUGCGCCGCACGUCCCGCCGCGAUUGCAGCGCCUCGUAGAGCACGCUUCGCUGCCGCUGCACGCAUGGCAGCGCUUUGACGCACUCGGCAAUCCGCCGCCGCCCCCGACGCGCGAUCCGUGGGCCGUGCCGCUGGAGAAUUGCGGCGCGCUUCCGCUGGAGGUGUGCGAUACGUGCAAAACACGCGAUGGCGUGCCCAACACGGGGGAGCGCUCCGCGCCGCCCCUGUGGCUCACGAGCGAACAGACGUACGGAGAUAUGGACAACAUGCCCCUUGGCGCGCAGACGAUCGCGUCGCGCGCCACGCUGCAGGAUGGCAUGAAACGUGCGCGGUAUGUCUAG